GUCAGCAGUCUCUGGUCAUCCCCUGCACUGUCUGCAGUCUCUGGUCAUUCCCUGCACUGUCUGCAGUCUCUGGUCAUCCCCUGUACUGUCCGCAGUCUCUGGUCAUCUCCUGCACUGUCCGCAGUCUCUGGUCAUCCCCUGCACUGUCCGCAGUCUCUGGUCAUUCCCUGCACUGUCUGCAGUCUCUGGUCAUCCCCUGUACUGUCUGCAGUCUCUGGUCAUUCCCUGCACUGUCUGCAGUCUCUGGUCAUUCCCUGCACUGUCUGCAGUCUCUGGUCAUUCCCUGCACUGUGUCCGCAGUCUCUGGUCAUCUCCUGCACUGUGUCCGCAGUCUCUGGUCAUUUCCUGCACUGUGUCCGCAGUCUCUGGUCAUCUCCUGCACUGUGUCCGCAGUCUCUGGUCAUCCCCUGUACUGUGUCUGCAGUC